AUGACCCCGGAUUCGUCGAUCUGCGUGGGUCGCAGCCACAUAUUCGGGUCCGUCUUCGCCCCCGCACCCCCAGGCGACUUCAUACCAGGACUCGCACCGAGGACGAGGUCUUCACAACGAGAGGGAUCGAUACCAGAAAAUGGAAAGUGGGAUCGAGCUUGGCGUACGGCUACAUCGUUUCUUUCCACCCCGGAUGGGGAAUUCGAGCAGCUAGUGCUUCACAAUGAGGAGAGCGAGGGGGAGUUUUUGAAGCAGUGGAAUCGACACAAGAAGCCAUCGAAGGAGAUUAGGGAUGCCUUGAGCUACUUGAUAAAGCUUUCUGCAGUGGAUGCUGACCGUGAUGACGGUGAGCCGAAGAAUAUAAUUGACUGGUACGGCUCUGAGAUUCGUCGGCACUUCUUGCGGAACUUCAAAGACGAGCUAUCUGUAAUUGUCUCGUCUCCCUCAGAUCGAAAUGAUUUACUUGAAGUGCUCGUUGUGAGGUGCCUUUUACUAAUGCGGAGGAUUUACUUUUCUCCAUUAGUGGAAUACAUACUUCCUUUGCUGGACAGUGCGCGGGAGGAGAAGGUGUUUAUGAAGUUUCAACGCUCAUUCAACUUGAUGAUAGGAUAUGCUAUGCCAUGGCCUCAGCUCUCCGACCUACUUACUCGAAACCUGGCAAAACAUGCGUUUAUUAUCUUAGGAAUUGCAGGCUUGAAUGAGGAGGCGGAUAUCAACGAAAGUGCUAGUGUUGAUGAUAUGGAAAUUGAUAGGCAGUACUCAGUAUCAUAUCAAGGCUGGCGGGACGCGCCAUCUGCUGAGAUUCGGUCGCAAAUAAUGAUAGAAUUCGAAGAUGCGCGAGUCACUACAGCCCGCGAAUGCCUGCUAUCAUUGCUUAGCGACCUGCAGCUUGUUGGUUUGGGAGGCGAAAAGGCUCAAGAAGUCUUUGCUGGUGUCAUGGAUACAAUGAUGACGGAAUUCAUCCGGGCUGCAUAUACUAGUCACUGGGAAGGUCCAUCACUUAUCUCACGUCAUUUGCGACAGUGGAUAUCAGAUGUGUUUGCAAGGCUGGCCGUGCAGGUUCUUGCAAUCAUAAACGUACCAGAAUCCGGCGCUAAGGACCCUGGAGAUCUGGACGUGAAGUUCAGUGACCUCGAAAAGUGGCAGGAAGUUGGCAUUGCCCGACUUGGUGCACUUCGAGUAGGGGAGUUAUUUGAUAUUAUCGUCGAAUGGCCUGCAAGCAGUGGAGCGAUUGAAGACCUGAGGCAUUUCACAACGCAUCCUGCAGCACGACACCACUUGACACAAUCGUUUGUGGUGGCACUUAAUCGACGGCUACUACACCCAGGUGCUUCGACGGUGGAGAUUUUACAGGUUUACAUUUCGAUCAUUCGAUCGUUUAACCUCCUCGAUCCGAAAGGUGUCCUUCUAGAUCGAAUUGCACGGCCGAUCCGUCGAUAUCUACGAGACCGCGAUGACACUGUUAAAGCAAUUGUUGGCGGUCUAUUAGCAGACCCCGCUGAUGCAGACGGCCGUAAUACAUCGUCUAGCGGCGAAACGCUGGUAGAACUAUCCGCGGAGCUGAGCAAAGCGCAUCAAAACUCGUUGCGGAACGACACCGGCGAGCUGGACUGGGACGACAUGAACUGGAUGCCAGACCCGGUAGAUGCGGCGCCAGACUACCGCAAAUCCAAGAGCUCCGAUGUAAUCGGCAGUCUCAUCAGUCUUUUCGAGUCCAAGGAGACAUUUGUACGCGAGAUGCAAAACAUGUUGGCGGAGCGGCUUCUUCAAAAGCGCGCAGAAUUUGAACAGGAAAUGUCCGUCCUAGAGCUGCUCAAACUCCGGUUUGGCGACAACGCCUUGCAAGCGUGCGAGGUUAUGCUGCGUGAUAUUUUCGACUCAAGACGAGUCGACGCCGUUGUUCGCAAUGACCAAGGCAUGGCAAAUGCCACAGAAGACGAUGAAGACGCCCCCGAGCUCCACGCCAAGGUCUUAUCCCACUUUUUCUGGCCCGAGAUUCAAGGCCAGCAGUUCAAAGUUCCCAGUGAGAUUACUGAACUUCAGGGACGAUACUCCGAGGGCUUCGAAUCACUCAAGCAAUCGCGCAAACUCACCUGGCUCAACGGCCUCGGCCAGGUCACGGUCGAGUUAGACUUGGAAGACCGCGUCUUCGUCGAAGAAGUAACCACCUGGCAAGCAACCGUGAUCUACGCGUUCAACAACCCCGACGAACCCAACGAACCUGUCGUCAAAACAGCCAUGGCACUCUCCGAACAACUCGACAUGUCUGCAGUGCUCGUGCGCAGCGCCUGUCUGUUCUGGGUUAGUCGCCGCAUCCUAACCGAGGUGCAGCGGGAUACAUUCCGCGUUCUAGAAACCCUCCCCACCAGUAAAGACACCAUCGCCAACGACGGCGACAACGAAAACACCGCGGCAUCCGAAACGGCAGGCCCCGACGCCGCAGACGUCGACGUUGGUACCAGCAGCAGCGCCGACGCAGCGGCCGCAGCAAAGGAGUCCGCCGAAGCAGCAGCCAUGGAGAAGAUGAAUCUCUACUGGCAAUUUAUCGUGGGGAUGCUGACGAACCAGGGUGCCAUGCCGCUGCAGCGAAUCGUCAUGAUGCUGAAAAUCGCGGUGCCCGGUGGGUUCCCGUUUAGUAAUGAGGAGCUGCGCGAGUUUCUAGCGGGGAUGGUGUCGAAAGGGAAAUUGGAGAUUGUUAGUGGAGGGAAUUAUAAAAUUGUGAGAUGA